AUGGCCUGUCGCUGGGGCGGCUGUAGCUUUGUGCUACUACAGAAGAAGCAGACUGCGGCAGCCUACAUGACGAGCGCGGGUAAAAUUGGAAGUGAGGAGAAGUGGGCACAGGCGGCGAUGGAGUACUUGCACGAGAAGAGGCUGUGUAACGACAGUCGAAAAAGGCAGCACGAUGUGGACAACGAACGCCGUGUCGCGUUGGCGUUCGACCGGUACUGUGCAGUUAAUGAGAAAACCUUUGCCGAUCGCAUGUCUCGUCUUGCUACCCGCAUGACGGAGGCUCUGGAGGCAAUGACGGAGCUUGGCAUGGAGCAGGCGCGUGAGGAGGCGCUGCUGCUGUCGUCUGAACAGCCCCCUGGUAACUACCGCCGCCCCUCGCUGACGCCUCCAGUCCCUGGAUAUGAGCCAGGAUACGGGUUGGACGUGCCUCAGCUUUGCUCCCAGCAGGCGGAGUAUCCUCCAGUUGUUCGUCCGACAGAUGCGUUGGAAUUUGGCACAGAUGCAGACCCUUCGUUUCCGUUUGUGGACGCGCACCGUAUAGAAGACCUGACGGCGCUCUGUGCGCGGAAGCUGGAGGAGUGGCAUGGCGAGAUACGUGAGGCCGCCCCAUUGACAGGGGUUGAGGGUGAGGCGUGGGAAGCGUAUGUGGCGCUGCAGAAGAAGGCUCUCGCGCGGCAGCAACUUAUUUUUGACCUCUGCAAUAACCCAGAGCUCCGGGAGCAGUAUGAUGCGGAUUCCGAAUUUAGGGAGCAGCAGUGGGCGGAGCGUGGUAUGUUACCGCUUGAGAUUAACGAGGAAGAGCUACGGGAGGUGGAGCGUCACUACGCACAGGAACCCGCGUAUCAUGCGUUUAGAAAAUUCUGA